AUGGGGAUCCACGGCCUGGCCAAGCUGAUCGCCGACGUGGCCCCCGGCGCCAUCCGGGAGAACGACAUCAAGGCCUACUUCGGCCGCAAGGUCGCCGUCGACGCCUCCAUGAGCAUCUACCAGUUCCUGAUCGCCGUGCGGCAGGGGGCCGAGGCGCUGCAGAACGAGGAGGGGGAGACCACCAGCCACCUGGUGGGCAUGUUCUACAGGACCAUCCGCAUGGUGGAGAGCGGCAUCAAGCCCGUCUACGUCUUCGACGGCAAACCCCCGCAGCUCAAGUCCGGGGAGCUGGCCAAGAGGACGGAGCGGCGGGCCGAGGCCGAGAAGCACCUGCAGGAAGCCCAGGAGGCCGGGGAGGAGGAAGGCAUCGAGAAGUACAGCAAGAGGCUGGUCAAGGUGACCAAGCAGCACACCGACGAGUGCAAGAAGCUGCUGAGCCUGAUGGGCAUCCCCUACGUGGAGGCGCCGGGGGAGGCCGAGGCCAGCUGCGCCGCCCUGGUGAAGGCCGGGAAGGUCUACGCCGCCGCCACGGAGGACAUGGAUUGCCUGACCUUCGGCAGCCCCGUCCUGAUGAGGCACCUGACGGCCAGCGAGACCAAGAAGCUGCCCAUCCAGGAGUUCCACCUCAACCGCGUCCUGCAGGACCUGGGCCUGACCUGGGAGCAGUUUGUGGACCUCUGCAUCCUGCUGGGCUGCGACUACUGCGAGAGCAUCCGCGGCAUCGGGCCCAAGCGCGCCGUGGAGCUCAUCAGGGAGCACAAGACCAUCGAGAGGAUCGUCCAGCAGAUAGACACCAAGAAGUACCCCCUGCCUGAGAACUGGCUGCACAGGGAGGCCCAGAAGCUCUUUCUGGAGCCCGACGUGGUCGACCCCGAGGCCGUGGAGCUGAAGUGGGGCGAGCCCGACGAGGAGCAGCUCGUCCGGUUCAUGUGCGGGGAGAAGCAGUUCAGCGAGGAGCGGGUCCGCAACGGGGCCAAGAGGCUGCUCAAGAGCAGGCAGGGCAGCACUCAGGGCAGGCUGGAUGACUUCUUCAAGGUGACAGGCUCCAUCACCUCAGCCAAGCGCAAGGAGCCGGAGACCAAGGGCUCGGCAAAGAAGAAAGCCAAGACCAGCAGCGCCGCGGCCGCCAAGGCCAAGAAGGGGAAGUAGACUGAG